AUGGUACAUCACGAAGUUACAAUUAUUGGUUCAGGACCAGCUGCUCAUACCGCAGCUAUCUAUUUAUCAAGAGCUGAAAUUAAGCCAACUUUAUACGAAGGUAUGUUAGCUAAUGGAUUCGCUGCUGGUGGUCAAUUAACUACUACUACUGAUAUUGAAAAUUUCCCAGGUUUCCCAGAAGGUAUUAAUGGUACUGAAUUAAUGGACAGAAUGAGAGCUCAAAGUACUAGAUUCGGUACUGAAAUCAUUACUGAAACCAUUUCUAAAGUUGAUUUUUCUAAAAAACCAUUCAAAUUAUGGACUGAAUUCAAUGAAGAUUCUGAUCCUGUUACUACUGAUGCUGUUAUUAUUGCUACUGGUGCUUCAGCUAAAAGAAUGCAUUUACCAGGUGAAGAUACUUAUUGGCAACAAGGUAUUUCAGCUUGUGCUGUUUGUGAUGGUGCCGUACCAAUUUUCAGAAAUAAACCAUUAGCUGUUGUUGGUGGUGGUGAUUCAGCUUGUGAAGAAGCUUUAUUUUUAACUAAAUAUGGUUCUAAAGUUUAUCUUUUAGUUAGAAGAGAUGAAUUAAGAGCUUCAACUAUUAUGCAAAAAAGAGUCAAAAAUAAUGAUAAAUUAGAAAUCUUAUGGAAUACUGAAGCUAAAGAAGCUUGUGGUGACGGUAAAUUAUUACAAAGUUUAAAGAUCUUCAACAAUAAAACUAAAGAAGAUUCAGAAUUACCAGUAAAUGGUUUAUUCUACGCUAUUGGUCACAUUCCUGCCACUGCUAUCUUUGAUAAACAAAUCGAAACUGAUGACACUGGUUACAUAAAGACUAAACCAGGUACUACUUUAACUUCCGUUCCAGGUGUUUUCGCUGCUGGUGAUGUACAAGAUAAAAUUUAUAGACAAGCUAUUACUUCUGCCGGUACUGGUUGUCAAGCUGCUUUAGAUUGUGAAGCUUAUUUAGCUGAUCAAGAAUAG